AAUACAUAAACAAACAAAUAAUUUCCUUCAAAAUUAAAAUUUUUCUCCACUUUCCUUCAUUGAAAAUAAUAGAUUCUCAAAGCCUACGGCUGUUUCGAAAUGGUGAGGCUGCCAACGUACGCGGGGUGUAGUUUAACGCUUACUAUAGCUGUUAUUUACCAUGCUUUUAGUAGUAGAAAACAAUUCUAUCCUGCUAUGGUUUAUCUAUCAACUUCUAAGAUCAGUUUGGUGCUGCUUCUGAAUAUGGGUUUGGUGGUAAUGUGUGUCUUGUGGCAAAUGAUCAAACGGUUAUUCCUUGGCACUCUCCGGGAAGCGGAGGUUGAAAGGUUGAAUGAGCAGUCUAGGAGGGAGAUCAUGGAGAUUCUGUUUGCAAUUACUAUAUUUCGGCAGGACUUUUCGGUUUCGUUCCUUGCUAUGGUUACUACACUGUUGUUGAUCAAAGCUUUGCAUUGGUUGGCUCAGAAGAGGGUGGAGUACAUUGAGACGACCCCAACUGUCCCCAUGUUGUCUCAUGUUCGGAUUGUUUCUUUUAUGGGUUUCCUUCUUCUUCUGGAUUCUCUCUUUUUGUAUAGUUCCGUUAAGUUCUUGAUACAAACACGGCAGGCUUCUGUUUCUCUCUUCUUUUCGUUUGAGUACAUGAUACUGGCAACAACAACGGUGUCGAUAUUUGUAAAGUAUAUUUUCUAUGUGAGUGACAUGCUUAUGGAAGGGCAAUGGGAAAGAAAGGCUGUUUACACCUUCUACUUGGAACUUAUCCGUGACUUGCUUCAUUUAUCCAUGUACCUUUGCUUCUUUCUUGUGAUAUUUAUGAACUAUGGUGUUCCUUUGCACUUAAUUCGAGAGCUUUAUGAGACAUUUAGGAAUUUCAGGAUUCGUGUUGCUGAUUAUGUUCGUUAUCGGAAGAUCACUUCAAAUAUGAAUGAUCGAUUUCCAGAUGCGACCCCGGAAGAGCUGAAUGCAAGUGAUUCAACAUGCAUUAUAUGUCGUGAGGAGAUGACCACAGCCAAGAAAUUAAUUUGUGGACAUCUUUUUCAUGUUCAUUGCCUCCGCUCCUGGUUAGAGCGGCAGCAUACCUGUCCAACUUGCAGAGCUCUAGUUGUACCACCUGAAGGGGGGGCAAGUACAGCUGGAGGACAACAUGGACCAAGACCAGAUGCUCAUCAUGCAGGUACAGGCAAUUCAACAGCAACCCAGAGUUCAGCUGAUGGUUUGGCUGACAAUAACUUGAGCCAGCACCAGGCCAGGCUCCAGGCUGCUGCUGCCGCUGCCUCAAUAUAUGGGAAAUCCUUUGUUUAUCCUUCUCCUAACUCACCAGUGUGGUCUCCUGGAUAUGUUGUACUUCCUCAGUCCUAUAGGCCACUGGGUGAUUCCACCAAUGUGGAAUCUCGUGGAGAACAAGCUUCCAGUGGACAAGAACAGUUUCAGAAUCCUGGUGCAUCUACGUCCUUUCCCUUUGCUCAAUUUCCACAUGGUUUUGUCCCUUUUCAGGCACCUGGUGCUAAUGUGACAUAUGGAGAAAGAUUGGAAGCUCAGAAGAAGUUCAUCAAGCACCAGAUUGAGGUCUUGCAAGACCAGCUCCAACAAUUGCAAAAGUUGAAACCGGAGGCAAGUUCUGAGAAGGAUUCUUCUGAAUUAUCAGAUGGCAAAGGAAAGACUGUCGCAUCUUCUUCAUUGCCGGUUUCGGACUGCGGUCGUCACAGUGACAAUGAAGAGACAGCUUCAUAGUUUUUAUUGGCAGAAUUCCAGUUGUAAUACAGGGAGACUUGAAGAGUUUGGAUGUAGAGAAAAGAUAUCGGGGGACAAGAACAAAUAUUAGGCGUUUCUUGAUUAAAAAAUUAAUCAUCCAAGCAAUGUUGUAUUGGGUCGGAAUCUUUUUUUUUUCCUUUUUUAUACUGAACAGUACCUGGAGCCAUUUCCAAUAUGUAAAAUUGUCUUUCGCCAUUGAUGGAAGAUGUGGAUGCUUUAGUGCUAA